AUGUCAGGCUCUGGCAAGAAAACUAGGGGCAGGCAAAAGAUUGAGAUGAAGAAGAUCGAAAAUGAGGAUGACAGGUUGAUCACAUUCUCAAAACGCAGAUCAGGGAUCUACAAGAAAGCAAGUGAGCUAGCUACUAUGUGUGGUGCUGAGAUUGCUUUUAUAGUUUUCUCACCAGCAGGUAAGCCCUUUUCAUAUGGUCACCCCUCUGUUGAAUCUGUUGUUAACCGCUAUCUUAACCAAAACCCCCUUCCAAAAGACAACACUCACCCUCUUGUGGAGGCUCACCGAAAGGUCAGAAUCAAUACUCUAGCCCAGCAGCACAAUGAGCUCGUUACCCAACUGGAUGCAGAGAAAGAGAGAGGAAAGAUGCUCGACCAGCUGACCAGCGGGAAAGAAACUAAAGGCUGGUGGGAAGCUCCCAUUGAUCAACUUAACCAGCAGGAGCUCGAAAAACUGUAUUUAUCUUUUGCGGAGCUUCGCACCAGUCUCCAUAGCAAGAUGAAAGAGAAGAGUGCUGAAGCCACUUCGUCACAGCUUGCUCCAAUGGAUCCUGCUCAGCUGACCACUCCAUUUCCUGCCAAUCCAUUCCCUACCAAUCUAAAUGAGCAAGUUCCUGCUCAGCUGAACGCUCCAUUUCCUACCAAUCUAUUCCCUACCAAUCUAAAUGAGCAAGUUCCUGCUCAGCUGAACGCUCCAUUUCCUACCAAUCCAUUCCCUACCAAUCUAAAUGUGCAAGUUCCUGCUCAGCUGACCACUCCAUUUCCUACCAAUCCAUUCCCUACCAAUCUAAAUGAGCAAGUUUCUGGUUUCUUUCCUCCUGGCUUCGGCCCUGGUCGCCAGUAG